AUAGAAGAUAUUAUAUCGGAAAUAAGUUGGAAGAUUGACCCAGAGACUCUUUCAUAUAACUAAAAAUAGAGUCCACAUGGCGUAUUGGUUGCAGGAAGCAACCGCUAGAUUUGUCCGCACCCGAUCAAUGCGGAGACGACCUACUCUCUCUCCUCCGACUGCUUCUCCUCCGAGAUCUCUGGUUUUCUCUCUCUUCCUUCUUGUUUUCUCUAAUGGCGGGAAGAGGCAGAUCCCAAUGCCUCCAUUUCACCAUGAACCCCUUUUCUCCUUUAAACUUCCUUUAGAUGACAAUAUAUGCCACGCUUCUGGUUUCACCCUGGACACGUUCUCUUCUCGCCUUCCAACCCAUGCAAUUCUUUCGAUUUCUUUACAUUUCUUUUCCCAAGCCUCAUCGAAUUCGGUGAAUUGAAAUUCCUUUUGCCCUCUUCCUCUUCACAGACGAGCGCCUUGAAUUUUGGCGGAUGAAAUUUGGCGGUGAUUGUUUUGUUUUGUUAUGGAAUCUCCCCUGCCUUGUCUUGGUUAUUAAUUAAUUCUUGUCUUUGUAUUAACAUGCAUCGGUUGCGUGUAUGCGUCUUUCCGAUUUCGGUGUCGUUUCUCAAAGCUGUAAUUGGUGGUAACUUGGGAAUCAGACUUGGCGUUAAUGGGGAAUGUUGAUGAUGAUCGUUGUGUAUUUCCUCUCACCAAUUUACAAAUCGGCGACUUGCAGUCUUAUCUCUCGGAUCUUAGCCUCUUCGUGGCGCAUGAGAGUAAAAAAUUCUUAAUUUUGGUGGACAAUCGGCCAUGGUUGAGAGAAUUUGGUUCGCGGCCUGCUCGGUUGUGGCAACUGAUGGUUACGAAGUCGAGGCUCUCUCCUUUUGCAAACAGGAAAGUACGGAGGGAUAGAAAUAGUGAACGAGUUGCUUAUCAGAGACCCAAAAUUACUAAGAAAAAGAAGUGUUUGUGGUUCUCAUUGAUCAAUGCAGUGACCCUGUCUCAAAAGAAACUUCUUCUUCUUCCUAUGCCUCCUGUGGAGAUCCUUCGAAGAUCUUUUAUCCUAAACAAUGAACUGCAUUGCACAUUGUAUGGUUUUAUUGUUUUUGAAGUUUCAUGGAGCAAUGUUAGGGGUAUAAACUACUUUAAUGAGCUUCAGACGGAUACCUCUCUGGCCGUAGAGUCUAAAUAUAUGCAACGAUGGGAAUUUGAUUGCAUAUCUCAUGCUGCAGGGAGCGUAUCUUCUUGGUUCUUGGGUUCACCCUCAGAUGAGCAACUGUUGAAGAGUUAUUUGGAAUCAGUCACAGGAGAAAUUUUCUAUGAUGCUGUAGAUGAUUUUGAUGAUAUUGAAGACAAUUUCCUCAAUAAUAGCAUUCCAAUUAUGGAGGACGAGAUUAUCUCCUACAAAAACUUCUGCAUUAAUAAUGAUCUUCUGGAGUGCACUGAUGGUGAACUAAACUUACAUUCUACGACUGUAGAAGACAGCGCGAAUACACUACAGACGCCUCCUCCUACUGGUCCUAACAAGAGAAGAAAAGUAACUAAAUUUAUUGGCUCAGAUAAUGAAGAUGAUACCAAUCUGGUUGAGAUGGAGAACAGGACUAGUGGUUUUCCCAGUGUCUCAGAGAUUUACGAUGCUAAUUGUCAAGAUGUAGUUGAGGCUACACAAUACAAAGAUGUAUUAAUUUUGUUUAGGUUCAAUGAUCGCGACCUUCCAUUUAAGUUAAAGCAAGUAAUAAUGUCCGAUCUACGGUUGCUCACUUUGUUAGAAGCUGGUCUUCCAUCUUGGGUCAUCUUCCUUCAAUCUUACCCGGUGUUUUGUCAUGUCUAUCGUCCGUGGAUGUGCCCUUUUGCAAGAGCUUUGUAUGUACUGGUAUCGGUUAUCACAGCUCUCAUAGGAUUCUAUGAUUUAUACAAAAAUGUCCCGCUUUUGAAGGCAGCAGUGUCUCGUUUGUGUGGACCCCUUUUUGAUUGGAUUGAGAAUUGGGAGAUGGUAUCACGGAUCAAAUACUUGGGAACAAUGUUGUUCUUACAUAAUUUUGAGAAAGCUCUUACAUGGUUUCUUACUAUUUCACGUACCACACGAUCUUUUCUUGCAAUUUUGGCUCAACCGUUGGCAAGUACGGUCGUGGAACUUCUAGGAUUCCUUCUUCCUAUUUGUAAAACUUGUAUCAAAGUUGUUGGGAACUUCUUUUCAGUGAUCUGGGAUGUGAUAGACUUUUGUGGCGAUAUGGUUGUUGACUCAGUUGAGUUGUUGCUCUUGCCAAUAUGGUUCAUUUUCUCAACCUUGUGGAGCUGUGUAACAAUGAUUUUGCUUCCUGCAUUGAGGAUCAUUUCAGAAAUACUAUAUGUUCCGAUCAGAACCAUUCUUUUGUUAGCUAGUUUCGUAACUUACAUAUGCACCGGCAUUUAUGAGAUGUUCGGAGACGUAGGACAAGUUCUUAGUAGUGUUUUUCAAGUUGCUUCUGUUUCAGAGGUAACAGUUGCCACUUCUGAGGUUUCCAUUUUGCGUACACUUUGGAAUGAUCUCUUCUCUCAGGUUUUUAGAGCUCUUAGAAGUAUUUUAAAUGGAUUUGUUGCCUUCUUCACUGCCUGCAACAGACAUCGGCUCAGCAUCUAUAAUUAUGUACAGGAAUGUUUUGAAAGAUUAUGCGGUCGAAUACGAGGCUCAGAGCAGGAAGCAAGCAGCAGUAGACGCAUGUACAAGCCCCAACGUCUGUCUAGGGUAUAUGGACAGUCCUUGGAAAACCGUAAGGUUCACACGGAUUAGAAGUCUGUUGGCUUAAGCAGAUGAUUACGACGCACAGUAGAUAAUAAUCCCCUCGGUACAUUCUAAUCGAAAGACAUGGCUCGAGGCACAUCUUAGCGGAGGAGGCAGAUAACUAUACCAUACAAAGUAGCAUGAUUUUUUUUUUUUUUUUUUCUCUCCCUACAACAACACGGUUGGAGGGGGUUCAAAUUACUGAAGCUCAAGGUAGCGAGAGAUUAUAUGCCUGAAUUAGUUGAAUUAUCUUUUAGGUUUAGGUUAAGUUGUAUGGUCUUUUACCUUUUGUCCCUCCUAAUUGAGAUCAAUUCUAGUUUCCUUUCCAGAUGAUGUGUUGUAAAUCACCGGAUGUAAAUAACAUGCAAAAUUAGUGUACAGAAUUUGCAUGUUCCAAAGGUAAAAGAUUUUUUAU